AUGGCCGAUAUUUCUAAUAGCACGCAGUCCUACUCAGCGGACAUGUUUUGGACUGACAUCCAGAAUGCAAGUGAAUACUUGAAUGUAACAACUCAUUCUUUGGAUCCCUCUGGAACAACUCCACGUAGUCUGAAGAGUCUCAUCUUCAUCGCUGUCUUUUUCACGCUCAUUGUACUUGCCAACAUCAUCAGUCUUGGCGCAUUCUUAGUAGAAAAACGUCUCCGUACCUACAACAAUUACUUUAUCAUAAAUCUCACCAUAUUGGAUCUGCUGAUUGGCAUUGGACUGGGAAUUGACAUAGAGCACUGGUACAUCUACCGAUACCCGUUUUCUCAAAAUGCCUGUAAGGUCAUAACUGGGAUCUUCAGCGGACUCGUCAAUGCUUCUAACAUCAAUGUGGUUGUGAUAUGUGCCGAUCGACAUCAAGCGGUCUAUGAUCCCAUCAAUCAUUUUAUCUCUCGAUCAAAGCGCAAGGCUAUCAUCAUCAACUCUCUGCCAUGGGUGAUUGGACUCUCGUUCUGGAUUGGGUACGUUACAGUGUGGGAGUUCGUCGUCGAUCACGACAACGGAUCCCAAUGUACUCAGCGGUUCCUCCUCAGUCCGUUGACGAAUAUGAUCCAAAAUAGUGUCUUGUUCUACUUGCCUUUGGCCAUCAUCGUCGUUCUCUAUGUCAGAAUCUUUAUCAAGAUUCGGAAGACGGUUGGAAGACGGAACAACAAGAAGUCAACUGGUUUAACGAAACUCAACCUUUCCACCGCCAAGGAUAAUGAGAUGACGAGCGUAAGCGUUUCAUCGACAUCGCAUACAGGUUCAUUUAGUGACAUUCCAGAGACAGGGAGCAGAGAUGACACCAUGAUAUCAUCAUCUUCAUCACGUAAUGAGACCAAGGUCGGAAAUAUUGGCCAAGAAAUAUCGGUACGUAAACACAGAAUUUGCCUCUUAUAA